AGGGGCACGGCCUAGGGAGCUGCGUUGCCCGGUUGCGUAGCAACGAGCACAAUGCGGAAACCAGCAAGGUCCUCCACGAUUGGUUCUAACGGUGGAGCGGACUCGGUUUAGUAUGCGGUUUGCUGAUUGGUGGCUCCGCGCCCUUUCCUGUCAGCUGAUUGGCGGGCGGUGUUGAGGCCGCGCGGGAGGCGGGAAGGUCGGACGCUGACAGAGCUGUCGCCUCAGUUAUAAACCUGAAAUAAACAGGGAAAAGCAGCAAUGUCUUCUGACGUGUCACAAUAUACUAUUGGGGGAGUGAAGAUUAUGUUCCCUUGCAAGGCUUACCCUUCACAGCUUGCUAUGAUGAAUGCUAUUGUUAAGGGCUUAAAUAACGGGCAGCACUGCUUGUUGGAGAGCCCCACAGGAAGUGGCAAAAGCUUGGCAUUACUUUGUUCUGCGUUAUCAUGGCAGCAGGCUCUGUACGAGAAAUUACUGCUGAAAUCAUCAUGUGAAAAGGAGGACAGGAGGGAGCCAGCAGCCUCCCCACCGUGUUGCUGUGUUUGUCAUUCCCUAUCCAAGAGCAGCGAGGAUGCUGCAGGAGCGAGUCAUGGUGCUGCAUGUUCUAAUAAUUAUGAAACAGGAGGCUCUGUAAAAACUGGAGGCCAACAAACAGACACAGAAUGCAAGGAAAACAAUACCCUAGCUUCAAAAUUGUCUGCCAAAAAAAGGGCAUCUGUAUGUGGAAACGAGAGUGAUGACUUUCAAGUAGACAGGAAGAGGAUUCGUCCUUUAGAAACAGAGCAGCAGGUUAGAAAACGUCAUUGCUUUUCAAAAGAGGUGCAGCUGGUUGAUGCUUUAGAAGUUUAUAAUCAGAGAAAAAAUGGGGAGCUGACUGUUCACUCUGAAAAAAGUGUAAAAAACACUUCUCCCAAAACGCUUUCCAUCCCUUGCACGGAGUGUUCCUGUUCCUCUGGAAAAGAAACUCGUAAAGAUGCUGGUAACACAAAGAAGAAAGCAAAUGGAGAUCAAACGUUCAUUCCCAAAAUAUUUUUUGGAACGCGAACGCACAAACAAAUUGCCCAGAUUACCAGGGAGUUGAAGAGGACAGCGUAUUCUGGUGUCUCGAUGACAAUUCUCUCUAGCCGGGAUUAUACCUGUAUUCAUCCAGUCGUGUCCAGUAGUAGUAGUAACAGGAAUGAACUGUGUGUAGAAUUACUGGAAGGAAAGCAUGGCAAGUCCUGUCUUUACUAUCAUGGUGUUCAUAAACUCACUGAACACUAUGCCCUGCAUUCUGCACAUAACACAUACCAGGCUUGGGACAUUGAGGAUCUAGUGAGCCUGGGAAAGAAACUUCGUGCCUGUCCAUACUUUGCAGCCAGAGAACUCAUGGUGGGGGCAGAUAUUGUAUUUUGUCCUUAUAACUAUCUCCUGGAUCCACAGAUACGGGAGAGUAUGGAAAUUAACCUGAAAGGUCAGGUAGUCAUUUUGGAUGAAGCCCAUAAUAUUGAGGACAGUGCUCGUGAGGCAGUGAGCUACAGUGUUACAGAAAGUCAACUCAAUGCUGCUCGAGAAGAGCUAGAUUUCAUGGUCAAUAACAACAUCAGACAGAAGGAUCAUGAGCAUCUGCGGGCUGUGUGCUACUCUUUGACAAACUGGCUACGGGCAAGCUCUAGUCAGCUGGUAGAAACAGGGUAUGAAACCUCCUGUAAGGUUUGGAGUGGAAAAGAAAUGCUCAACCAUUUUCACGAAAUGGGAAUAACCAAUAUUAGUUUUCCCAUUUUACAGAAACACCUUUCUGCUGUCUUGGAAAAAGAAGAAAAAAUAUCAAUGUUUGGUAAAGAGGAACUUGUCGAGAUACCUAUCGUGAGCUCUGCCACUCAGAUUGUGCUGAAAGGGUUAUUCAUGGUUCUUUUAUAUCUUUUUAAAGAUAACAGCAGGUUUGCAGAUGAUUACAGAGUUGCUUUGCAACAAACUUACGCUUGGACAAAUGAAAACCAACCUGAUGUUUCAGACACAAGUGCUUUCCUUACAAAGACCAAACAUAAAAGGAAUUUGCGGCAUAAAACUGUAGUCCACAUGCUUAAUUUUUGGUGCUUGAAUCCUGCUGUGGCUUUUUCAGACCUAAAUGAUGUCAGAACAAUUGUUCUGACCUCUGGUACACUCUCUCCAAUGGAUUCAUUUUCUUCCGAACUUGGUGUGAAGUUUUCUAUUCAGCUGGAGGCAAAUCAUGUUAUCCGGAACUCACAGGUUUGGGUUGGCACCAUUGGAGCAGGCCCGAAUGGUCGGAAGCUGUGUGCCACGUUCCAGCAUACAGAGACCUUUGAGUUCCAAGAUGAGGUGGGAGCACUUCUGCUUUCAGUGUGUCAAACUGUUGGCCAAGGAAUUCUGUGUUUUUUGCCAUCCUAUAAGCUGUUGGACAAAUUGAAAGAUCGCUGGAUGCACACUGGCUUGUGGAGAAACCUGGAGCUUGUUAAGACAGUCAUUGCAGAGCCUCAAGGAGGAGCAAAAAGUGACUUCGAUGAACUGCUGAAAAUAUACUACGAUGCAAUAAAAUUUAAAGGAGGAAAAGAUGGAGCACUUCUAAUAGCUGUGUGCAGAGGAAAAGUUAGUGAAGGCUUGGAUUUCUGUGAUGAGAAUGCUCGAGCAGUUAUAACCAUAGGUAUUCCGUUCCCAAAUGUGAAAGACCUUCAGGUCGAAUUAAAGAGGAAGUACAAUGAUCAGCACAAAACUACAAGAGGCCUUUUACCAGGGAGCCAGUGGUAUGAAAUCCAGGCUUACAGGGCUCUGAAUCAGGCCCUGGGGAGGUGUAUAAGGCACAGGAGUGAUUGGGGUGCCCUUAUCUUAGUUGAUGACCGCUUCCGGAAUAACCCUAACAAGUACAUAACUGGAUUAUCUAAAUGGAUUCGUCAACAAGUCCAGCAUCAUGAAAAUUUUGGUAGUGCACUUGAAUCCUUACAUGCAUUUGCUGAAAGAAACCAGAAAGGCAUUGAUUUUUCGUCACAGGGUAGCAAUGAAUUUUUCCAUGUACCUUUAAAUUCAAAAGAGCUGUCAUCAGCUUCUCAACAGGAGGCAACUAUUCACCUGUCACCAGAUGUUCCUGUUAAAACUGAGGAGCAAAGUUUGGUCCCAGGAACUCAUUUAACUACAACCAUCGACUCAAUUAAUCCCGAACCAUCAAAUCAGCCAAGUAAUAUCACAGCAAUAAUGCAACAAAGUGGCCAGAAAGUUGAUGUGGAGAGUCAUUCUCACAAUGCAACACAAAGAAGAAAACAUAUGGACUCCACACCCAGAAGGCCUGCAACUAAAACAGAGAGAGAGCAAAAGAGUGAUCGGACUAAUUCUGAUUUUAUGAAAGAGCACUGCUGCUUUAAACCACUGACUUCAACACCUUUGCCUAUAGCCACGAACUGCGUGUCCACAGCAAGCAGCAAACAAAGAAAGAAUGUGAACAGUGCUAGUGAACUUAUUGGUGGUGUAAAUCAAUGCCAGUCAUCGUUCACUUUAGAACAUAAACAAAGUAUACCAGAAUCACAUUUGGAAACAACUGAUUUUUCAGUCAAAAACUCAGAGGCUCCAAUUGCUGAGGAGCAUCUUGAUGAGCAAAAGCUUCACACUGAGCCCUGUAGUGAGCUUCCUUCAGUAGGAGGGAAGCCUGAACUUUCAGUGUUAGACAUGUCUGCAGAAGCUGAGGAUGAGGAUGAGAGUCUUUACUUCACACCAGAGCUCUAUGAUGAUGCAGAAUCUGAGGAACAGAAAAUGAGACCACAAGAUCCAGAUGAGAAUCAGAUUGAAUGUGGGAAACCCGCAGUAGCUGAUGAUCUUUGUGUAAUCAAUACCUCAAAAACACUAAGUGAGCCAAAAGAAAUGACUAAUGGUGAUGUCAGAAACACGAGUUUACAUGGGACGAUGCUGAAUGAUAUCAGUAAGAAUAGUGCAGUUAAUUUUGAAAAGAUGACUAAUGGAAAAGAAGCAGAACAGAUAGAAUCGCAAGAGGUAGACACCAAAAAACGGAAAAUCAGCCUUUCCAGAUCCCGAAAUAAAGGAUUGAAAGUUCAGAGACAGUACAGAAGAGGAAAAUCUACUGUUAGGGCAAGCGGCAACACCUGUGAAAAAAAGAAGGAAAACCAACAACAGCCUUGCAAGAGAGGACUUUAUUGUAUUAUCUGCGGAGCAGAAAUACUACCAAAAGCAGAAGGCAUUUUGAGAAAAACUUGUUCUGGUGAUAUUGAGAUGAAAAUAAUCUUGAAACUCUUCAGAAAUAUUCAUGUAAGAAGUAAGGAGUCCAUUAAUAACUGUACAUGUGAACUAGAUGUCACUUCAUGUGAUGAUAACAUGAUGUUGGUCAUCUCAGAUGUUGCAAGUCUCAGUCAUCUUAAAGAAACUUUGAAGAUUUAUCAGAUGCCAGUGAAAAGCAAAGGCACAAAUGCCAGUUUAUCUUUAAAUGCUGUUUGGAAUGAGAAGGAAUAUUCUCUGACAAGUUACUUACAGUGCAGGAACUGCCUCGUCCAGUCAAUGUCUCCGUGCCCUUUGAUAGGAGCUGAGGUUAUUCAUUUCAGCAAUAAAGCACAGUCAUGGGUCUGGCUGCUCCCAUCGUCUGUUCGUUAUUGCUUACUGCUACAGAACCCUCAAAAACGGAAAACAGGCAAUUCAGAUUAUACUUUAUCUUAAAAGAUUUUGCUGAUCUCUACCACAGAUUCAUCAGGACUAAUGAGACAGAUAAGUAAAGGAUUUUGUUAUUACAUGCUAACUCCAUAAAGAUACUCUGGGGUAAGCGGAGAGGUGGUACAAUCUUUGUUGUGAGUGGUGGGAAAGAGCUACCUGGUUACAAAUUCUGGCCCCACUGAAGUCAGCAGGGGCUCUGCCAUUUGCCUUCAACAAAGCAAAAGGUUUCACCAUGCGUUUAACAGGAAUAUUUUGCUGGAACUGUUGUCAGCAUGCUAGUAAAUAUACCAUUUUAAAAUUCACCUUCUUUUUCACAUUUGAAUGUUUGUUCACUUCGCAUAUGCUUAAUGGUAAUUUGAUACAAAAAAUUCUCUUCAAUUUCAUUUUAUUUCAGGUAGGUUUUGAAUUGGUUCAUUUUUUACUUCUUGUGCUUUUAGAGACCCCACGUGGCAAUGUCUGGGCUAAAAACACAGUAGGGGAAUGUUCACAUAUUUUGUAUUGCUGGGAUUUAAACUGAAUUAAAGAAAAACAGAAAUGUAAACAUUUGCAUUUGUUUAUGUAAUUUAAAAAAAUCACAUAAAGCUGGGCCCGAGCUAGUCGAGAAUAUCUCUGUAAUGAACACAACCCUUUACCUUUUUGCAAGCACACGGUAACUGGAGAGGUGCACAUAUCAUAUCUACCAUAUCAAUGACAUUUUAGAGUAUGUAAAAAAAACCCACUCUAUUUGUCUUAGGAAAUAUCGAAAACUUUUAUAGGGAAUUUGGAAAAUAUUUUUUGGCCAGCAUGAAAGGUGAAAUCUUGCAGCACAAAGUACAGACAUGGGCACAGAGACUGAACAGACGGGCUGCUGUAAAACAACCAUUUAAUAAGGCAUUAAAAUGCCAUCGACUUGGACACAUAAAAAAAAAAAAGCUAUGAAAACAAAUGCCUUUCAAAUAAUUAGGAUCUUAUGCUUGAGACCAGUGUUGAUCUCUAUGCAGAGAUUUUCCUGCUGAAAUCAGACCAGCCUAAGUCUGAUCGUCUAAGGAAGGAAUUAGCAGCGUAUAAAUCGGCUGCUGCUCGAGAUUUUGCUGUUUCUGCCAUACAUAACCAUUCAUUUAAAUGGCCACUUCAGACUUUCUAUCUCCUUCUUUCUGUUUCCUAGAGUAGUUUGAAACACAUUUGACUUAGUACGCCAGAAUAAUUUUUUAAUUGAAUCUUGAAUUUUUAUCAUGAGUAUGUGAAAGGAUUGAAUUACCAGCUCCUGCCCACACUGCAUAAGUGAAUCUGAGCCAAAUGCAGCCAGAAAUAGCAACAGAACCCAGUUCUGUUCUCCAAAACAUAGUGUGACUUUGCUUUCACUUGAAGUAAGGAACUUGGUGUUUAUAAUGCAUCAAAAUGAUAUAAAUCUAUCCUUCAACUAAAGAACAAUUUUAUCACCUGUAAUGUACGCAGACACAAAAACAAGAAGUAGAGUUGACCAUUCAUGUCUGUGUAUUUACUCCCAGAUCACUGCUGUCAUGGUAGUCCUGGUCUGGAUACCUCACAAAAGACGCUCCAGUUACAAAGAGCGUGUUUAAACAACGGCAUCUGUGAUAACUCAGUUAACAUUGUUUAAAAAAAAAAAAAAAAAGUGAUGUUGUCCAAGAGAUGAGCAUCAAAUCCUCAACUUUAAGCUGGAAUUUAAUAAAUUUCACAAAAGAAAUGUUUAAUGAAUCUUGCUUUUCACAUACAGUAAAGUUACUGUUUUGAUCUCCAUUUUACUGUGCAUUAACAUCGAUAAUCUUGGAUAAAUGAAUGUACAGUCCUUCUGUAUUUUGUCUUGUUUCCUGUUCUGUCAUUAGCCCAAGGCACAUAUUUUUAAACUUCUAAUUUUUCUUUCAGAUCUGUAAUUUCAAGUACUCUUAGAUUUUUUUGUUUUUAACACAGAAUUUGACACAGAUGAGAACCCUGUGUGUAACUCCCAUAGCCAGGCAGAAUAGAUCUUUCUCUUGAUAUUAUGAUUUCUUCUAUUAAUCGGUUUUAUAUGACUUUCUGCUAGCCUAGCUUUUAAAGGUGUGAAAACUUGCACUGCAAAGGUAUUUUAUAGAUUGCAACCAUAAUUUCUGAAUAAAAUUCUAAAUAACUGGUCUGGUUAUAAAGCUUUGGGUGCAAUUUUUAGGUUCCUGGGAACUGCUGUUAAACCUCUGUUUCCAUUUGGCUAGAAGUACAUCCCAAUUAGUGACCCUUCUAUCUAGCAGUAGCUGUAUGUGAGUGAUUUUUAUUUUUUUUUUAAGUCAGUCGUAAAUGAUUAGUCCAAAAGAGUAGCAUAAAACUUCGAGCUAGUCCCCUGCAGGAGUCGGCUGGAGGAAAUUAAAGGAUCAACAACACAAGGGAAGCACUGAGGUAGGAUUGUUCCAGGCUGCAGCCACAGGCUUUCACAUGCACUCAGGAAAUUGACUUCAUCAAAAGCUGAGGAUGCAGGCGUGAGGAUGAGGAGGAUAAUACAGGUGAUGAUUCUAAAUCAUGGCUCAAUAUCAGAGCAUUUUCCAAGGGAGAGGUUCUGUCCCCGCCCUGAAGAAAGCAGGUUUUCUAUAUAAAAAUAGUCUUCUCCUUAUGAAUUAAUAAAAGUUGGGCACAAAUCUGAGCUAUAAAUCUAAUAUAACUUAAUAAAUAAUGAAGACUCAGUUUCCCCAAAACAAUAUCAGUUGGAUGUGGGGUUUUUUUGCACAAGAAAAACAUGACUCCUUAUAAGCUCCACUGCUCAGUUCAGAGCGUUAUUGCCCUGUGCACGUUUGUGUGUUUGUGAGAGCUGUAAAACAAAGGACUCCAGAGUGCUUGAGACUUACAGGCAGGCAAGGAGUUUUCUUUAAUGCUUCUAAGUAAAUUCUUGCUGCAGAAAUCUGGAUAUUCUGAGUCCGUGAUGAAGCUGAAACCUUUCUAGUGUAGUUGGAAAGAGUUGCAAGAGGGGAAAUGCAUAAAUCUACAUCUGGAGCCAAGUAUGCUGGGAAGGCGUAAAGAGAUGGGGAAGCAGGAGUGCCAGAACAGGGCUGAGAGCAUGAAAUUCUGCAGGGAAAAGUGGGAGAAAGAAAGAGGAAUGUCCCAGGAAUGAAGCUCUUAUAAUGUUCAAAUCUUUCCUCGGAAGUAAAACUGUGGAAGGCUAUAAUCCAAAUAAGGAAAUUAGAACAAAAAUUAACAAUAUUCAGCUAUUCAGAUGUCAAAAGAAACAGCAGAGUUAUUGGUGUUAGAGGUUAUUGCCAGGAGGGAAAAACUCAGCAUGCUUUGGGUAAUUAAGCUUCAUUGGAGAGCGUGGAUCCCUUCUCCAGGUAAGAAAUGCUUUUAUAACACGGCAUCUUUUGCUAUUGUAAUUAAACACCACGGACUAUUCUGCAUAUGAAGUCUUAAACGCUUUAGUCCUUUAUCAUGGGAUUUUACUGGCCAGGCAUGUGUGUUCUUAUGGCAAAAAGCAUUGGCUGCUAUAAAAAAAGAAACCCAAACAUUUCUUUUUAUGACUUGACUUGCUGUAUUUUUAUAUAUAUUGAGCCAAAUCCAUCCCUUGUGGAGCUCAGUUGAAGCCAAUAAGGAUAGAUUUGGCCCAUGUCUAUAUGAGAAAGGUGGUGACAAUUAAAAUAUAUUGUUUAAUAAUGAGAGCUAUGGUAGUGAAGUGUCUUUGUGUCUAUGAAAUUAUACACCACGACACCACACUGCCAGUAGAGAGUGGGACUAGCAAAACACAUAAGAGCAGUUUCUGAUGGAAAAGCAAAAGCACUCUAACUUUUAUUAUUAUGAUUAAAUAUCACAAAGGCAAGACUAAUUUAGGUAACAUCUCCAGAAGUCUCAUUUAUAGUGUAGUAUUUUGCCACAGUGUAUUUUAAAAUAUUUCUUGAAUGUCAUUAUAGGUAGCUAUCAAGCGUAGUAUGACUGGCUGCCAUUAGCAGUAAGUAAAAGGACGGUUCUUAUUUCAUUUAUAUUUUAGUGAUUUUCAGUAAUACUGCAAAAAGGAAUGCAUCCUAUUAAAUGAAAUGUGCGGACAGCCAUUAUUAUCACUUUAUAUUGGUAGUUCCCAGCGGUUCCUCUGUGUGAGGCAUUGCACCAACACAUGAAAGCCAUUGCUGAUACCCUGAAGAUCUUCAGAUCUUGAUUAUUUAGGCAGUGAGAAAUACAAAGCUUAUUGCACAGACAACCAGGUCGUCUCUACAAAACGAGAACAAAUGAGUUUUGUUUGGCUCCUUGACAUGGUGGGUUGCAGGAAGCAAAUCUUCUCUUGUAUCCCUGCUGGUAAGUUAUAACAACUUUUAUAUGCCAAAGCCUUACUGAACUGCCUACUGACUUGUAUCCCUUUACUGAAGAUAUUUGGGUAAUGGAUACUCACAGCCAGUAAUCACAGACUUAAACCCAAGCUCUUCAAGGGGGUUGCCAGAAAGCCAGGCUCAGCCAUGCUGCUCUGUAAAGAAGCUGAGCGCUUAGAGAACACUGGCCAGUAGCAAUGGAGCCCAGGAGCAAUGGCCGAAGGCAAUCCAUUGCCCUGCUGAGCUAAUGGGCUCCAGCUGAAAAGGUACCUCUUAUAUGAGAAUAAUAACUUGGGAAGUCUCUGAUCCUCAAAAACAGAGGAAAAGAAAAUGCGCAACAGAAAUUCUUUUUACUGUAAUUAUUACUCAUUCUGAAUCUCUAUUAUAGAAAUCUGGCCUUUGGCGUUGGAUUAAGAUAAUAUUUUAUUAGAAGAAAGCAUGAUUCAUCAGAUUGAUGCACUGCAGUAUCUGUGGAAAGGAAAACUGGGAAAGACACAAAAGAAGCUGGGCUAUGGAAAACCACUGCCAAACAGAGAAUCUCAGUUUGCACUAAGAAACAACAAAAAAGAAAAUAUUUCCAAAGAAACAUCUUAGCAUAGCAUUAGAGCCAAGUGAAGAAUUAUUACUACAUUAGGCUUUCGGAAUGGGGCAUGCAGUGUAUGUGGUAGGAGAAUACCCCGUCAUUUUGAAAUUAAAGAAAAGUGCAUGUGUUCCACAUCAAAAUCAGAUCCUCAGAAGGCUUGUUUGCAUGCUGCCAGUAGCUUUUGCUCUUUGUCAAGAAAAAUAUUUUUAUUUUCUAGUUACCAUUUUCUCUCUCUCUCCCCUUCUUCAUUUUCAAGUUCACCAUUUCCUUGUAUUUAUUUCCUUGCUGUUGACUUCCUGCUUCCAUUCUUUUCCGUCUUUAGUAUGAAUAUUGAUUUUCAGGCAAUCUAAUUAACUGCUUUGCAGAGGUGAGCAAAGAUUAUUUUCAUUUUGUGCAUGACAGACACAAAGCAAAAAUUAAGUAGUUUACUAAUGGCUGUAAGCUGAAUCAUUGCUAAGUAUAUUAGGACUGGAAAUCCUGAAUUUCACUGGAAUUCUUAGACAACUAUUUAAACUGUUUUCGAAAUCUUUUGAGUUAAUUGUGCAGCUUGCAGGACCAGCUCUUCCUUGUGCACCAUCUUGGGAACAGGAAACACAGCAUGCACCACACGUUCCUCCACUAGUGCCAUCCGGUGACCAACCCUGCUUCUUCCCACCUGUGUCACACUGGGGCAAAUGGUCAGAGGAUCCACAGGGGCACUCACUUGCUUCUCUCUAAAUGUGCAGUAUUUGUUGAAGGCUGAGAUUUGCUCUUUUGCUUUUCCAUGCACAUCCAUGCAGUCUGCUUGCAUUAACACCGCCCAGCUUUGAAGUGCUUAGGCAACAUUUAUACAAACAGUUAAACCCCCUCUCUUCUUGCAUGUUCCAAAUGAAGAAAUGUAGAAAUACUAAGGGUCAUCCAUUCAAAAGUCUGUGUGACAGGCAUGUGCUCACUUCUAGCACUAAGUGUAAAUGCAGCCUUUCUCUGUGACGCUCGACAGAAAUCCCAGUGGAAGUUUUUCCUGCCUCUAGCCUGUCUACUUUCUUUCAUAGUGAUAAAUGAUGGGAAAGCUUGAGGGAGGGGGGAAACUAUCCAAGCAUUCAACUGAUCAUGUCUGUAGAAGGAUGGGAAGGGAGAAUGUUGAUUCGUUUAAAACAGAAAUUUAAUAUGGCUAAAAUAUUUGAUAUUUUUCUCAUUUUGAUCAUUUUUUGCAUUCUCGUAAGUUUAAGGCUAAAUCAUUACCCAAAGAUGUCUCAUCAAAUAAGACAGUGUGGUUACUUUUAUUUUUCACUUUAAAUUUAAUUGAUUACCUUUCCCACUUCCAUUUUGUCCUGCACGUAGUUGCUUGGUAGCAAUCACCUUUGCUUUCAGUCAAGGUAUCCAUUGCGUGCAUGCUGACUGUUUCCCAUUACCUCUGCAGCACAAAGCAAGUUCAUCACCUUUCCAGGAUGUCUUGUGAUUGAUUCCUCAUGUCUGGGGAAAUAUGCUCUAAAGUUUCAGGCUAAAAUGAGUGCUUGGAUUUAGUGUGGAUAAUCAGUGGUUUAAGACUUAUUCUUCUUAUGAACUAUUCAUCUAUUUAUUAGAUACACAACUAAAAUAUAAUAUAAUAUGCUAAAUUUAAAAUGUUAUUAUUCCCUCAAUAGCUGCUCAGACGCACUGAGCAUGACUAAACCAUGAUUUGCAGAGUAUGUCUGCGUCAUCCAUCAAACACAACUACUCUCUGCCUCAGACCUAACCUGUGCUCAGCAAAGCCAAGGCUGAAAGCCUUGAAAAGAAGAUCAGAGGCCUGGUCUUGCCAUGCUAAAAUCUAUAAAAGUUUUCCUACUGACUUCAACAGAAACAGUACUAAGCCUUAUGAUUCUGGCAGGAAAAUCUGAGAAUAUUCCUUUACAGCUCUCUACUGAAUGUUGAACUCCAGAAUACAUUGUUGUCAGCCUUAUGUAAGACAGAGACUGUUAAGGAAAGAUAGUAGUUUUGCACAUACUGUUCUCUGCACACUGUUGUUCUUUAGUAAAUAUUUAUCAAAGGAUGCAUCCAUUCCUGCUGGCAGCAUCUGAGGCAUUGGACAAAUUUGGCCUGUUUUCCUGCUGUCAGUGUAAACCUCCCAACUAGAAGCUGAAUUUAUCAAGUUUCGUCUUUCAAAACUGUUAAAAUCAUUCUUAUCCAAGUAGAUAGUGCUGACAAAAAUGGUCAUUCGAUGAAAUACUCUUUAAAAAAAGACACGUCCUCCAGCUUGUAAGUACAGCCCCACUGAAAAUAUUCAUCAAAACUGUAACAAAGCACGGCUAAAGGCCAAAAAUUUGUAUAUGCUGAAAAC